UUCCGGUGUUGUGAAUGUGUCUGGUAAAGAUGGCGGUCAGCAUCCGAGGCCGUCCUAUCCGAAGUAUACGGAUGCGAGGUCGGAAUGACAGUGGGGAGGAAAAUGUACCGCUCGAUCUCACAAGAGACCCCACCGAGAACAUGCGAGAGAUCCUCCAAAAUGUGGCCAAACAGCAGGGGGUCUCGAAUAUGCGCAAACUUGGCCACCUGAACAACUUCAUCAAGUCUAACAGGUUUUGUCAAGUCAGCCGUGCUGCGAGUUGUUUAAAUCACCUGAGGAUGAGAAAAACAUACCGACCAACUCUUUGAACUUGGGCGUGUUUUUGCUCUCUGUGGAAUACCCUGCAGUCUUUCAGCAAUACUUUGAGUAUUUGAAUAUAAAUAGAGACAUAAUUUUCUCUUAUUGUUGCCAUGUAAGAUAAAUAAGUGCUUGUUUAUGUCUCCAACACAGCUGCUCUGCAAUGUCGGGCACUCCGAGGAAAAGUUUGGCUUUACCUAUGAAGAAAUUAUCAUAUGCCUCCGGUUGGCGCUACUCAAUGAGGCUAAGGAGGUGCGGGCGGCUGGUUUGCGUGCUCUCCGCUACCUCAUCCGAGACAGUAAUAUCCUUCAGAAAGUGCUGCGGCUCCAGGUGGAUUACCUGAUUGCUAGGUGCAUUGAUAUCCAGCAGAGUAAUGAGGUGGAACGCACACAAGCACUCAGACUGGUGAGAAAGAUGAUCACUGUGAAUGCCCUGCUCUUCCCAAGCUCAAUCACAAACUCGCUCAUUGCUGUGGGUAACGAUGGACCGCAGGAGCGGGACCGUAUGGUUCGCGCCUGCAUCGCCAUCAUCUGUGAACUUGCACUGGAGAACCCUGAAAUUGUGGCAAAGAGGGGUGGUCUCAGCACCAUCCUGAAGAAUGUAAUCGACUGCCAGCUCAGUCGUAUCAACGAGGCUCUGAUGACCACAAUCCUGCACCUGCUCAAUCACCCACAUACACGGCAAUAUGUUCGCUCUGAUGUGGAGCUCGAGCAAAUCCUGGCACCUUACACAGACUUUCACUACAGACACAAUCCAGAUACAGCAGAGGGUCAACUCAAAGAAGACAGGGAAGCUCGAUUUCUGGCCAGUAAGAUGUCAAUUGUCGCUUCCCUUCGCUCUUGGUCAGGGAUCAUUAAUCUCUGCAAAUCGGGCAACUCUGGAAUCCAGUCUCUCAUUGGUCUGCUGUGUAUACCAAAUAUGGAAGUGAGGCGAGGUCUGCUGGAGGUGAUGUAUGAUAUAUUCAGACUUCCUGUUCCCGUGGUGACACAAGAUUUUAUAGAAGCUCUUCUCAGUGUGGACCCCAGUAGGUUUCAAGACAGUUGGAGACUGUCAGACGGCUUUGUAGCCUCAGAAGCCAAAAUAAUUCUUCCGCAUAGGGCACGGUCCAGACCAGAUUUGAUGGAUAACUAUCUCGCCUUGCUACUUUGUGCGUUCAUCCACAGUGGACUUUUAGAGGGCCUGGUUGAAGUGAUCACUAGCAGUGAUGAUAGUGUUUCAGUACGUGCAACCAUCCUCCUAGGAGAACUCCUGCAUAUGGCCAACACCAUUCUUCCUCACUCCCAUAGUCACCACCUGCACUGCCUGCCCACUCUUAUGAACAUGGCUGCUUCUUUUGACAUUCCUCAGGAGAAAAGACUACGGGCAAGUGCUGCGGUCAAUUACUUGAAGCGAUUCCAUGAGAAGAAGAAACGAGGCCCCAAACCCUAUAGUCUUUACUUGGACCACAUUAUUCGCAAAUCUCUGGCUGCUUAUUACUGUCGGGACCAGCACCUAAGGCCCCAGAGGGACAUUUUUGUCAUUAAGGACACUGAGGAUGCCCUGAUGAUGAACCUCAGAGACAGUCAGAUUCUUAAUCAUAAACAGAAUUUGGAAUGGAACUGGGUUCUGAUCAGUACCAUACUCAAGUGGCCAAAUGCAAGCCUUCGAAACAACAAAGAGGAACAGAUGCAUAAGUUUGUGCGAAGGCUGCUUUUCUUCUACAAGCCUAGCAGCAAGCUGUACGCUAGCCUGGAGCUGGACCACGGCAAGGCCAGGCAAUUAACGGUCGUGGGCUGUCAGUUCAUCGAGUUCCUGCUGGAAUCAGAUGAGGAUGGACAGGCGUAUCUUGAGGACCUGGUGAAGGACAUUGUGCAGUGGCUGUCCUCAUCCUCUGGUCUAAAACCAGACCGUAGUUUGCAGAGCAACGGCCUCCUCACCACUCUCAGCCAGCACUACUUCCUCUUCCUUGGCACUCUCUCGGCCCACCCGCAGGGUGUGAAGAUGCUUGAGAAGUGCAGCGUCUUCCAAUGCCUGCUGAACCUGUGCUCCCUGAAGAACCAGGACCAUCUUCUGAAGCUAAUCGUUUCCACACUGGACUACAGCCGGGAUGGCUUAGCACGAGUCAUCCUCUCGAAGAUCCUCACUGCUGCCACUGAUAAUUGCAGGCUGUACGCCACCAAGCAUCUGCGGGUGCUACUUCGAGCUAAUGUGGAGUUCUUCAGCAACUGGGGUAUUGAACUGCUGGUUACUCAGCUACACGACCGCAACAAGGCCGUCUCGGUGGAGGCUUUGGACAUACUGGAUGAGGCCUGUGAAGACAAGGCAAACCUGCAUGCUCUGAUUCAGAUGAAACCAGCACUAACUCACCUGGGAGACAAGGGUGUGCUGUUGCUGCUACGGUUUUUGUCCAUUCCAAAGGGUUUCUCCUAUCUGAAUGAAAGGGGAUACGUCACUAAACAACUGGAAAAGUGGCAGAAGGAAUAUAAUAUCAAGUAUGUGGACCUCAUCGAGGAACAACUAAAUGAAGCGCUCACUACUUACCGUAAACCAGUGGAUGGGGAUAACUACGUGCGACGGAGCAAUCAAAGGUUACAAAGACCAAAUGUUUUUCUUCCUGUGCAUUUGUAUGGCCAGCUUGUACAUGAUAAGACAGGCUGUCAUUUGCUGGAGGCUCAGAAUGUAGUUUCAGACCUGAGCUACACAGUGCGCUGCCCAGUGCUGGACAAAUGGGAUGGCAUCAAACAACUUAAAGCUGCUCUUUGGGCCCUGGGAAACAUUGGCACGUCUAACUGGGGACUGAACCUGCUACAGGAAGAGAAUAUAAUUCCAGAUAUCGUCUCUCUUGCCCAUGACUGUGAGGUUCUGUCUAUUAGGGGGACAUGUCUUUAUGUUCUGGGACUCAUUUCGAAAACUAAACAAGGAUGUGAGCUUCUCAAACUACAUGGUUGGGAUGCAGUUAAGCACAAUCGCAGACAGCUUUGGCCUGUGGUGCCAGAUGAGGUGGAGCAGAACCAAAACCUACAGCAGCAGCAACAACAACAACAGCAACCCCUCAUCCACCUGUCCUCAGCGCCCAGCACCCUCAGCCUAAACUCUGAAUCCACCAGUUCUAGACACAACAGUGAAAGUGACUCCACUCAACCUAGCAUGUACAUCCUGGAUGAUGACAAGUUAGAAAGCCCUGAGCUUUCAGAGGACCAGCCACUGUACUUCAGACCCAAACUCCUAAAGGACCGCAGCCCCUUCACCAUAUUAGCCUCCAGUCGACUAGUCCGAAACCGCUUCCUUAUCUCUCUCUCGGGAAAGAAACUCCGCAGUACCAGUGACCCCAAAGGCACUGGUAGCAGCAGUAAACUCCAUGGUGAGCCUACACUAGGAGGCCUAAGGCGGAUACGCACAGUUACAGAACCUUCUAUAUUCUCUCCAGUUCAAGGAGAUGUCUUCAGUCCAGUAUUUACUGACGGACAUCUGCCGAAAAGCCCAAGCGUUAGUCUGGAUACCUCUUUUGUCGGUAGCAAGACUUCUGAAACUCAGGGCAGCACAUCUAGUAUUGGGGAGAACAGAGCUGCCGAACGGAGCUCAGGGGUUGGAGAUGCCCACCGGGAACAGACCAGUCGGGAAAAGCUAGCCGGUGAUGGCUCAACCUCUGGGAGCGGGGCUCAGUUUAAAAGUCGCAGCCAGAGUUUUAACACGGACACGACCACCAGUGGCAUCAGCUCUAUGAGCUCCAGCCCGUCCCGAGAGACUGUGGGUGGCGUGGACUCUUCUACCAUUGACACGGACUGUGUUAGCCUCAAUACGGUCAUUAGCACUCAAACUGUCAAAACACUUAAUUCUCUCACGCCCCAGUCUAACCACCUACCCCUUUCCAAAUCUAGCUCCGUACUGCUGAUGCCACCAGGUUCCUCUCAUACUUUGCCACGCAGGGCUCAGUCCCUUAAAUCGCCUUCUGUCACGACCAUUUCAAGCCUGACAGACUGUAGUUUUAUGUACACCAGCCCUCGGGACGCACUGGGAUAUGCUACCCUCAAACGACUACAGCAGCAACGCAUUCACCCUUCACUUUCCCAUAGCGAGGCUCUCGCCUCGCCUGCCAAAGACGUGCUCUUCACCGAUGCCAUCACUAUGAAAACUGGCAGCCUGGACUCCAGACUCACACCACGCAGGUUUCUCAAGGCUUUGAGUUUUGCAUCUCUGGAUAAGGAGGAUCUUCUGAGCCCUAUCAGUCAGACUUCCCUGCAGCGCUCCUCCUCAGUGCGUUCAAUGGUGUCCAGUGCCACAUAUGGCAACUCCGAUGACUACAUUGGCCUUGCACUGCCAAUGAACAUCAACAGCAUGUUCCAGAUUAAAGACAUACCGUACUUCCAAAAAAGGACAAGUCCACCAUCAGAGGACCGGACAGCAAAGUUUUUCUCGGGAGAUUCAGAUGGUUCCAGUGAAGGAUCCAGGCAUUCUGUUCUGCGAUCUCAGCUUAGUAUCACAGAGCUAAUUGCGGUGAGCCGUUCAGACCAGCACCAGAUGCUGGGCGCGGAAGAGACCGGCCUACAAGAGCACAAUGAGGAGAACUGCCUUUACUGUGCAGGGCUAUACGUGCUUGGCUGCAAUUUAAACACUCUCACGCAAAGCCGCACAGACUAUCCCGAUGCUCCGUUCUCGGAAUGGUGCAAUCAGCCUUUACACAACCUGGAAGUCAUGCCUCAGUCUAAGUAUUCAGGAGUGUCUGGCUGCAGCGACGCUGUCUCUCAGGGCUCUGGUGGCAGCACCCGCAGCACCGAGCUUGUUCUUGGUGAGGAAUUCUUUAAGCCGACAAAGAUCAGAAAAUUCAGGGACUUCUUAAGUAUUUCAAUUGUUAAUCGUUUGCCUGUGCAUGCUGUCUUUCUGCCAGGGGUGAAAAACAUUCCAGAGGACGCUCCAGCCUGCCGUGUUCUUCUGAGGAAAGAGGUGCUCCGGCUUAUCAUCAACUUGAGCUCCUCAGUGGGGACAAAAGGGAAUGAAACCGGACUCCUCACAAUCAAGGAAAAGUUUCCAUAUGCGUUUGAUGACAUCUGCCUGUAUUCCGAGGUUUCAUACUUGCUGGCUCACUGCAUGUUCAGACUGGCCUCACGACGCUUCAUUCAGGAGCUCUUUCAAGAUGUUCAGUUCAUUCCGAUGUACGAGGAAGCUGAGAGCAUUCUGUCAAUGCCCAAGAAGUCUACCACAGUAGAUCUUCCAUCAGAGUCGUGAUCCUCUAAGCGUUUUCCAGACUAUUCUCUUCCCCAGCAAGUUGUCAAUCUUUUUCUUGGCCUAAGAUGAACGCAAUAAGAGACUAGGGCUAUGGAGCAGACAUGGGUGGAUUGAGAGUCACUUGAAAGAGGGGAAAUGCGGUACGUUAAGAGAACAAACUCUUCUCACCUGAACAAAUAUACUCUACACAAAUGUAGAUGUCUACAAUGGAUGUCGCAACCAAAUAAUCCUUGUAAAUGUCAGUUGUGAACUGUCAGGCAUUGAACGGAAAGUGAAACAUGCAAAUAUUUGAAAAGUGAGUCAAUGCAAAUUGUAUUUCAAAUACAAGCAAAAUCAUUCAAGGGAGCUUACUAACUUCCGUGAGAUCCGUUCAGUCAAUAUUGUCCUUUUAAAGGGGCUUAGCGUAUAAUUGCACGUAACACAAGCAUUUUUUCCCCCCCUUGAGCGGAUCUUUCAACACUACAACAUUCCAGCUGUUUUCUUUGGAUUACUAAUUCUGGUUGUUUAAGUAUGAAACAGCUUUCGCAACCAGGCUAAGCAAACACUUUUAGUCCUGGUGUGAUUAGCUUUGUAAGACAAUCAUCAAGUGCUAAUAAUAAUCAGCAACUGCCAGUUAUUUAUUUCCCUUUUGUACCCAAGUCAUGAAUCUUUUCUGCUUAAUUGAGCUGAUUUUUAUCUUGACAUAGCACAUACCAAUCCCUGAUUAAUCGUAUGUACAAGUAUCCGAUGGUGUUGUUGCACAAUUAUGCAAUAGCGACUGUAUUGUAUUAUUGCGUAACUUUGUUAACUGACAUGUGAAACGUCAUCCAAAAAAGUCUGACAUUUGAAUCAGUAAGAUAUUUAUUUAUUUAUUCACUUAUUUAUUGUUUGGUCCAAGCAGCUCCUCUGUCCCUUUCACUUUAUUUUAACCCAUUAGCCAGGAUAAAACUGGCUGUGUAUUAUUUAUGUCUGACUGUCAGUGUACGUGUGGACAAUACGCUUCAAAAGAGGAAGUUAAAGUGCAUUUCACCACUGCUAUUUUGCAGUUUUAAGCUCUUUUCUGUUUUAAGUCAUUUUUAGUGAUUUUUAACUAAACCCAGAGAGAAAGUCAUUAGUUAUUAAAGCAUUAAUUAAACAAAGAUUCGCCAAAUAUAUUUAACAAUAUUUGUAUAUGAGAAACACCUUUGUAUUCUGUUUUUCGGAUUGCUAAUAAUGCUUUUUAGCCUGAAUGUGGUCAGGAGAUUUUAAACGAAAAACUGGGUAAAAAUGAAGUUUAAACUGACAUGAUUGAGACUGAUCCCUUAAAGGGAUAGUUCACCCAAAAAUGAAAAUUCUGUCAUUAGUUACUCACCUUCAUGUCGUUUCAAACCUGUAAGUUCAUCUUUGGAACACAAAUUAAGAUAUUUUUGAUGAAAUCCAAGAGGUUUCUGACCCUGCACAGACGGCAACACAACUGACACGUUUAAGGCCCAGAAAGGUAGUAAGGACAUUGUUAAAAUAAUCUAUGCAGGGUCAGAAAGCUGUUGGAUUUCAUCAAAAAUUGCUUGAUUUGUGUUCUAAAGAUGAACGAAGGUCUUACGGGUUUGGAACGACAUGAGCGUGAGUAAUUAAUGACAGAAUUUUCAUUUUAAUAUAUGACAUGCUCUGCUCAAAUUCAAUUGCUCUGCAUCCAUAAACUACUAUGCUUUAUCAUUGUCAAUAUUAUAACAGCUGUUCUCAGUAAUGCGCAUACCGAUUUUGGCUUAAUAAAAGAUCAGAAUAUCUUCAGGGUUAGGAUGAAUCUAAUGAACAUUGCAUUAAAAAACAUUACCAAAAAUGGUUAGGUCCAACUUUGUAGUAUAAAGUAUAAAUUUGAGGUUCAUUUGAAUUAUUUCUAUGCAAUGUGCCUGUUAAUUCUGCACAAAUGACUUCUUGAAGAUCACUUCAUUUUCUUGGCUGGACUAUUUAUGUUAUUUAGGCAGCUUUAAUUUCUUUUGCCUUAUUUGUAUUAGCUUUAACCUUUACUUUUAGAAUUAAUGAAUUUGCCCGUCUUUCUUGUUUUAUUUAUUAUAGAAACUAAUAAAUCUGCCUUUGCCUGCCUUGGCUUUUAAAUUAAGCAUCAAGUUUCAACUUCCAUUAUUUUGUCUAUUGUAAAAACUGAGUCUAAUAUGGCCAGCAAUAAUACUAAUAGAUGUUACAGUAUUUCCUUUUAGGCUUCUGGGGAAACUUUUACAUGCAUGUGCAUUCUAACCCCUAUCUGCAGUAUAAUGGAUAGAAAAAAAUAUAUAUGGGAAAUGUUUUUUUUUUUGUUUUGUUUUGUUUUUGCGUAAUAUACUGGCUGGACAUUGAACAAUAAUUAAGCCAUGCUUUCUGAACAAAAUAAAUCUGGAAUACCCCCCCAUAUAUUUUCUGAAGCUUUCUUAGAUAAAUGUGACCCUGGACCACAAAACCAGUCAUAAGUCGCACGGGUAUAUUUGUAGCAAUAACCAACAAUAUGGCUGUAUGUUACCGGUAAAUUACCUAUUUUUCUUUUAUGCCAAAAAUCAUUAGGAUAUUAAGUGAAGAUGAUGUUUUAUUAAGAUAUUUUGUAAAUUUUCUACUGUAAAUAUAUCAGUCAACUUCAAUUUUGAUUAGUAAUUGCUAAGAACUUCAUUUGGACAACUUUAAAGGUGAUUUUCUCAAUAUUUUAAAUCUUUUUCACCCUCAGAUUUUAGUUUUUCAAAUAGUUGUAUCUCGGCCAAAUAUUGUUCCAUCCUAACAUCAAUUAUGCAUCUAUACAUCAAUGAAAAACUUAUUUAUUCAAAAAAUUGACCCUUAUGACUGGUUUUGUGGUCUGGGGUCACAAAUAAUUUCAUCAAAGUGUGUGGUGAAAAUAUCCCAGAAUGCUAGAUGGAUAUUUUGGGUCCCCCCACCCAGUGUUAACUCUUGUUUUAUUUCCUUCCUUCCUUUUUCCAUCAAGGGUUAUGUGCAUCCCAUAACAGAAAGCUAUUGUCAGAUUGUUUUCUAAAACUGAUUUAAAAAAAAAAAACUGGUGUUUUUCAAAACCUUAGAAAUAUAACAACAUGCACCAAUUAUUGCAAACUUAACUGUAUUUGUGGAACAAGUUCCAAGUAUUUUAAAAAGGUUGUUUUCUCCAUCACCAUUAGUGCUUGGAGUGUAAAGGAAAUGCGUAUAUUUUAAAUGUACAUAUGUUCAGUGUACAACUAAAACUAACUGCACCUUUGAGUGAUUUUCUUUUUCUUUUCUUUUAAGUGCACUCAUGAUUUUCCAGAGCACUGUAUGAAAUGUAAGCACCAUUUAAUAAUGAAUUUGCAGAGACUGUUGCAAGAAGUGUUAUUUAUAUUUUUCCUGAAGGGGGAAAAACAUCUAAAGCUGUUGUACAUACUUACGUUUCUUUAAAAUGUAUAAUUUAAUGUGUUUUUGGGGGGCAUUAGCUAUGGGCCUUGAGAAUCUAACGAAAGGGAUGCGUACGUGAUAAAAUAAACCUCAAUUUCCUUGA